AAAUGUUUUUUAUUAAUUUCAAUAAUUUUUAUUUUUCUGUUAAUAUUUUUAUUGGUUUAUUUGGAUUAGUUGACAUACAAUUAAUGAAUUCUAAAAUGGCAACAGCUUUAUAUAAAGUUGUUUAUGUAACAGUUCCAUCGACAGAAGUUGGUAAAAAUAUAGCAAAAGAAAUUAUUCAAAAAAGGUUAGCUGCUUGUGUAAAUAUUGUUCCACAUUUAACAAGCAUUUAUGAAUGGAAAGGCAAAAUUGAGGAAGAAAAUGAAUCGUUAUUAAUUAUUAAAACGGAAGCAGAUCGUUUAACUCAAUUGGAAGAAAUUGUGAAUAAAAUACAUCCUUAUGAUGUGCCUGAAUUUAUUGUUUUACCUAUUGAAAAAGGGAUAUCUGUUUGUCGACUUACCUUCAUUAAACUCCGUUCCUUCCUUCCUGCUGCUCUUCUCUCAAUUCCUCUAACUUUGACAUUAUUUUGGAUUACUGGACUUUCAGAUUAUUUUUUUGAAAUAAAUUUUGAUGAUUUUAAAUGGCCUCCAUUUGUUGAUGUCCAAAAACAGGUUUCAUUAGAAUUACUUGGUUAUUCAACAGAAACACCUCCAAUUAAUAUUUUGACACAAUUUCAAUUUCUUCAUCGUCCAACUUGUAAAAACAAUAGAUUAACUCGAAAACGUUCAAUUCUUGUUAUUGUAAAAAGUGCUCCUGAAAGAAUUGAGAACAGAGAAUCAAUUCGUUCAACUUUUGGUUCUUCUUUAGAAAAUGACAAUUUAACUGGCGGUUUUCGUUUUAGAAUUAUUUUUGUUUUUGGAAAGCCUGUUGAUUCUUUUAUAUAUUCAAUUAAAUUUGCCCAUAAUUAUUGUAAUGGGGGAACUGUUCCUUUUGUUUUAUUAUUGGAUGAUGAUUAUUUACUUUUGCCUUGGAAUUUAGCUGCUGAAGUUGAAAAACAUGUUGCCCAUGAAAGGUUAUAUAUGGGUUGGCGUUAUGAUACAUCCCCCUUUCGAUUGAGAUGGAGAAAAUUUAGAGUAAGUAUAUCAGAAUAUCCUUUCAAUGCCUAUCCACCAUACAUUACAGCUGGUGCUGUUCUACUUUCUGGUCAGACUAUUAAUGAAUUUUAUAUUGCCAUUCAACACACUGCUAUUUUUAUAUUUGAUGAUAUUUAUACAGGUAUUCUUUCCUAUUUAUUAGCAAUUCAACCACAACAUAGUCCAAACUUUUCUCCAUUCCCUCAUGUUGAUAGUACAGACUGGUGGAAAACUUUAAUUGCAGAACAUGGGUAUUCCCCUACUUUACUUAAUUCUACUUAUAAUGAAUUAUUGAAAAUAAGAAAAGAAGAACGUUUAAAAAAUUAA